UGAAACUGUGUGGAGAUCAGUGGCUGGGAGUUCAGUGAACUCAUGUAGAGUAGAGAGCAAUUCAAAACAAAGUAAGACUAGGAACUGUAUCCUUAAUCUUAAACUCUUUUAUUGACCCAGAGGUGUAAUUAAUUAGACAAAAAUUGUGUUUAGAUUUGUUUAACACAGGAACCACCAGCAAAGCAGCGCCGCUGAAAGAACCUGGUCAGGAUAAAAUACAACAUUAUUAGCUGUGUAGUGAUUUCCUUUAGUUCAACAAGAAAGCACCUUUGCAAUACAAAAAAGAAGUUUACAUGGCAGCAGCUCACUAUAGUUCUACGAAGGGAAAAGCUUUUCUGGGUUAAGAAAAUUGUCAAGAUUUCUUAAAUGCGAAGUUAUUGUAUGUUCCUGCUCCUUUCCUGCAGUAGACAGACAAAUGUCACGUUGCCAUGAGUUUGUACAAAAGUGAAUACAUUCUCAAAGAAGUGAAAGGGUAGUCAGGAGAAGACUUUUAGCUGAUAUUUGCCGUUUAAUAAAUCUUAAACUGGAAAUGUUUAUAUCAAUUCUAUAGUAGUAUAGCAUUUAUUAGACACUGUAACUUUCAUCAGAGAAAUCUGUUGCUAUUUUCUGAUCUAAAUAACUUGCAUAUUACUCUAAAAUUGUGGGGUUUCUUAUGUUUUAGGCUGCAAUAAUUAGUGCCACUAGGAUUUCAGUAUGAUUCAAAUAUCUAAUAGUGUUAGAACUAGACUCCAAUUUUAUUUUACUUCAAAUAAAGAUGUCAAUGUAACGCCUUACAGUUUGGUUUCACUCAGAAUUACUGAAACAAUUGCAUGGAAAUGCAUUCAGUUUCUCAUUUUGAUUAAUUCAUAGAUGAACUACUGUAAAUUCAAAUCUUCUCAGGAUUAACCCUCAAGUGAUUUAUUAUUUUUAACAAGCCAAGAAAGUAUACUAAAAAACUAUUUUUUUAAGUGAACUCAUGAAAUCAUUUUGUUUGUUUAUCUCUUUUCUCUCCCCUGGGGCAGUUUUUUGUAAUUAAGGAAAAAUGCCAGUUGCCCUCGGAGGGCCUCAGGGCUACACGCCACCUGAGGGUGGCUGGGGUUGGCUGGUGGUGAUUGGGGCCUUUAUCUCUAUUGGCUUCUCCUAUGCAACCGCCAAGUCCAUCACUGUCUUCUUCAAGGAAAUCGAAGUGAUAUUCAAUGUGACCAGCAGCCAGGUGUCUUGGAUCUCCUCCAUCAUGUUAGCGGUCACAUACGGUGGAGGCCCUAUCAGCAGCAUCCUGGUGAACAAAUAUGGGAGUCGUCCUGUCAUGAUGUUUGGAGGAUUCCUGUCUGGAACUGGAUUCGUUGCUGCGUCUUUCUGCAACUCCGUUGAAGCGCUAUAUUUUUGCGUGGGUGUAAUGGGAGGUUUGGGAUUGUCUUUUAACCUCAACCCAGCCCUCACUAUGAUUGGAAAAUACUUCUUUAAGAGACGGCCUGUAGCUAACGGGAUUGCCAUGGCUGGUAGCCCUGUCUUUCUCUCUACGCUGGCUCCUCUUAACACCUGGCUCUAUGACCAGUUUGGUUGGAGAGGAAGUUUUCUAAUCCUGGGCGGCCUUCUUCUUAAUUGCUGUGUGGCUGGCUCCCUCAUGCGACCAAUAGGACAAAAACCCAAACCUGCAGAAAAGACCACUGAAAGGAAGAGCAUUUUGCAGACCAUUAACAGCUUCCUGGACCUCACUUUAUUUAAACACAGGGGAUUUUUACUCUACAUUAUGGGCAAUGUUAUCAUGUUAUUUGGUUUAUUUGCUCCACUGGUGUUUCUUUCCAAUUAUGCAAAGAGUAAAGAAAUCCCUAAAGAGAAGGCAGCAUUUCUUCUCUCUGUGUUGGCUUUUGUUGACAUGGUUGCACGGCCCUCAAUGGGCAUUGUAGCCAACACUAAGUGGAUUCGGCCGAGGAUACAGUACUUCUUUGCGAUUUCUGUCUUGUAUAAUGGCGUGUGUCAUGUUCUUGCUCCAUUAUCAGUAGACUACAAAGGCUUUGUAAUUUAUGCCAUCUUUUUUGGAUUUGCCUUUGGCUGGCUGAGCUCAGUGCUGUUUGAGACCUUGAUGGAUUUGGUUGGGGCCCAGCGCUUUUCAAGUGCUGUUGGGCUGGUCACUAUUAUGGAGUGUGCGCCAGUUUUGUUAGGGCCCCCGUUACUUGGAAAGUUCAAAGACGUCUACCAUGAUUACAAGUACACGUACCAGGGCUGUGGGAUUGUUCUCAUCGUCUCCAGUGUAUUCCUGUUUGUAGGCAUGGGAAUUAACUAUCGACUGCUGGACAAGGAGAAAAAAGAAGAGGAGAGAAAGGCCAGGAUGGGAGUUAGACAACCAAAUGCCAGCAGGGAUAACUCUGCAAAAGAGGUUGGAGAGGUUAGGAACAGUGAAGACACUGUUUAGUGCUCUAUUACAUGCCUGUUUGCAUUUUAUAACGCAAUCUAAUGUCCUUUGGAGUUAUUUUUCUGUGAAUAACUUCACAUCAGCAUGUCUCUGUUUCAUUAUAUGCUGCUUUCGAACAAUGCCGGCGAUAUCACAGACCCUUUAUUAGAACCCUUGAAGCUGUAUUAAACUGUCAACAUAAAAUACCUCGUAUGCAUUAUUCACUGUUUGCUUGUCCUACAAGAUGACAUUUAUGUUAAGUCAGGGGUUUUUAACUAAUGUUUUUCACUUUGCAUAACUAUAUAUGCCUGUUGUAUUUUAAUAUGUACCAGGAUCACAGCAAAGCCUUAUAUUUUAAAAUAAGUUUUCUUGUUUAUUUUUUGGAGUGUACCACACAAUCUAUUUUUGUAGAUUAGUAAGUAAUUUCUCAACCCCUCAAACGUUGUUCAUUCCUAUAAGAUAUUCAUUCAGCAUUUGAUUUAUCUUGUAAACAUGUUUGUAAUAUAAUUGUUCAGCCAAUUAGGAUUUUUUUUUUUGGGAAGUUAAUGCAAUCUUGAAACACUGCUUUGUUUGCUAACAUAAUAGGAAUAUGUGGCACCAUCUGCAGUUUGUUGUAUUUUCUGUAUAUGGAAGUUACCUUAGAAAAAAAUAAACAUUUAUUAAAACUGUU